AUGGUUGCAUUCGGGAAAAAGUUGAAGGAACGGCAAAUCCAAGAAUGGCAAGGAUACUACAUCAACUACAAACUCAUGAAGAAAAAAGUGAAGCAGUAUGCUAAUCAAAUCGAGGCUGGAGCCCUGGAGCACCGACAUGUUCUCAAGGAUUUCUCUAGAAUGCUGGAUAAUCAGAUUGAAAAAAUCGUGCUGUUUAUGCUGGAACAACAAGGGUUGUUGGCUAGCAGGAUAUCCAAGCUUAACGAGCAACAAGAUUAUCUCCAGGAACAACCUGAUAUAUCCAAAAUAUGUGAGUUGCGUGAAGCCUACAGAGCUGUUGGCCAAGAUCUUCUGAAGCUUCUAUUUUUUGUUGAAAUGAACGCUAUUGGUCUGCGCAAGAUCCUCAAGAAGUUCGAUAAGCGUUUUCGGUACAAGUUCACAGAUUACUAUGUGAAAACCCGUGCUAAUCAUCCUUACUCCCAACUCCAGCAAGUUUUUAAGCAUGUGGGGCUUGGAGCAGUUGUUGGAGCUAUAUCACGUAACCUUGCGGAUCUUCAAGAUCGCCAAGGAAGCUACUUAUCAAUAUAUGACCAACCCGCUCUGCCUCUCCAGGAUCCCGUUGUGGACUCGAUAAACUCAGCCGUUGAUAGAUUGACUUACUCGACGAACUUCCUCAACUUUUUGGGGCAACAUGCGCUCAUCAUGCACGAGGAGUUGCCCUCGCCGGCAGAGGAGACUGUGGACGACAAGAGAUACCAUUUUAUGUCACUUCUCCUGAACCUGGCAAACACAUUCCUUUACAUGGUCAACACGUACAUUAUUGUCCCCACUGCUGAUGACUACUCGAUGAGAGUUGGAGCGCCUGCAACGGUCUGCGGGGUCGUGAUCGGGGCAAUGGCUGUUGCCCAGAUAUUUUCUUCCGUGUAUUUCAGUGCUUGGUCUAACAAGUCAUACUUCAGGCCUCUCGUGUUUAGCAGCAUUGUUCUUUGCUUAGGGAAUCUUAUGUAUGCAGCAGCUUAUGAUCUAGAUUCGAUAUGGGUGCUUCUGAUUGGAAGACUGUUUUGUGGGCUGGGUUCUGCCAGAGCAGUUAACAGACGUUACAUUAGUGAUUGUGUGCCACUUAAAACCCGCAUGCAGGCUUCAGCUGGAUUUGUGAGUGCUAGUGCUCUAGGAAUGGCAUGUGGGCCUGCACUGGCUGGGUUACUUCAGACCAAGUUCAAAAUUUACGGCAUCACAUUCGAUCAAAACACUUUGCCUGGUUGGGUGAUGGCUAUCGGGUGGUUUAUCUAUCUUAUAUGGUUGUGGGUUUCAUUCAGAGAACCUGUUAUUGAGACUGAAAUCGAUCAUGUCCCAGAGGAGUCUACUGCUGGAGGACAUGAUAAUCUUGAGAAGGGCCUCACAGCACCGUUACUUUUAACAGAGACGGAACAUGGUCAAAAUGAUGAUGACGAUCAAGAAUAUGAUGAGAGUGAAGAGGCUCCUGAGGAAUCUCGACGACCAGCUAACUCUCUAAAAUCAGCCUACAGGUUACUUACACCUUCUGUAAAGGUUCAGUUGCUGAUUUACUUUAUGCUUAAAUAUGCAAUGGAGGUCCUACUGUCAGAAUCAAGUGUUGUCACAACUUACUACUUUGGUUGGACUACAAGCACUGUAUCAAUUUUUCUUGCCUGUCUAGGUCUCACAGUUCUUCCAGUUAAUGUUGUCGUUGGAAGUUACAUAAGCAAUAUGUACGAGGACAGGCAAAUAUUAUUAGCAUCUGAAAUUGUGGUCUUCCUGGGUAUACUUUUCAGCUUCCACUUUAUUGUACCAUACUCUGUGCCACAAUACGUGUGCUCAGGCCUCAUCAUGUUUGUAUCUGCUGAAGUACUCGAAGGGGUAAACUUGUCACUCCUUUCGAGAGUGAUGUCAUCCAGGCUGUCUCGUGGGACCUACAAUGGUGGCCUUCUAUCAACAGAAGCCGGUACACUUGCUCGGGUUAUAGCCGAUGCUACCAUCACUCUCGCCGGGUUUUUGGGGGAGAGUAGGCUCUUGAAUGCCACCCUUGUCCCAUCUCUCGUCAUUUGCAUUGCCUCCAUUGUCGCUACAUGCUGUACGUACAAUUCCUUGUACUAA